ACGCAGUAUUCAGUGGAUAAAAGGCUUGCGGUCCCAGCUGGGAAAAAGAGUCCCAUUAUCUCCCAGCUGCAUAGACGUUCCAUACGGCUUGGUUCUGCCUGGAUGCACAGCAUGCCUGGCUGAGAGCUUGAAACAGAGUUCUGCAGAAAAAACUGUAAAGAUCCCGAGACGUUUCCCUGACUCUUGAAAUACUGACUGGAAGAUAGACAUUUCCUUUCCAGCUGAUUGUAUGGGAGAAAUUUUGACCUUAGAAAGUGGAAAUGAGGUUGCUAUGGAAACUGGUAAUUCUGAUGUCACUCAUAAACAUUUCCGCAGGUGAUGGUGGCUUGAGCCCUCCUAUUUUUACCCAGGAACCAGAAGAUGCUAUUUUUCCUUUGGAUUUGUCAAAAGCGGAAAUAAUUCUGAAUUGUGCUGCUAAUGGUUACCCGUCACCCCAUUAUAGGUGGAAGCAAAAUGGCGCAGAUAUUGAUUUUACCAUGAGCUAUCACUACAGGUUGGAUGGAGGCAGUUUGGCAAUCAGCAGCCCUCGCACAGAUCAAGAUAUUGGCACGUACCAGUGCCUGGCCACCAAUUCUCUGGGAACAAUUCUGAGUCAGAAGGCAAAGCUCCAAUUUGCAUCUUUGGCCACUGGGAACUCUCAAUUGACUCCUAUGUCUCCUGAACAAACAUCCAUCAAUAAAAGUUCUGCGCAGCCUAUAGACUUCAUCCUGAAACCACUCGGAAUCAAGACAACUCAGGGCCGCAGUACCCUACAUUUCCUGGGUCCCAGCUGCUACCCUGGAUUCCUGGAGCCUUCCCGCCACCCCAGGAUCCUCAUCGGGGGAUGA